AACAGCUAUGUAACAGUACCAAACUCCAUUGAUAAAAACAGUGAUUUUACCUCACAGAACACAGGAGUUGCUGGAAUACUGCCGCCUUGAUUGGUUAGUUAGUUUGUGUUAUUGUGUGAUUUUCAGUAGUGGAAGAAGUAUUCAGAGCCUUCACAUGAGCAAAAAUACCGCACAACACAAACUAACUGAUGGAGGCAGCUGCUCUGCCUGGUAAAAUUCCUCUUUUUGUCAAUGGAGUCUGGUACUGACAUGUAAGGAUGUUUCUGGUUCAAAAAGGGACCUUACUCUUUAAUAAAAAGGUUUAUUCUGUUCAUAAUGUUGUCAGACACUUGUAAUAAUAAUAAUCUGAGUCUGUCAGUGGCAAAAACGCACUUUCCUGCAAACAUUUAAUUAUUUACACCAAAAAACAUGGAGAAAAUAAAGCCCAGAGCUUUAAAAAAAAAAAGUUAUCCUUUAAGGCACAGAAAACCACGUAUACGGGCAGCUUUUUUUCUAAGUAUAUGGCGAAGUUAUGUUUGGCAGCAUGGGGGACAGCCUCUGAGAAGUAGAGAAAAAAAAUUGGGGCGGGUAAUGCAAUUUCAUGCAAUGACAUCACUUUUCCUCAACCCAAACAGUAAAACGCCGAGGCAGAGGAAGAAAGCGGCUGCUGCUGCUGCAGGGAGAGGAGGACGCCGCUUGAAAAAUGAGCACAAGGAGAGACAUAUUCCUCAAGAAAAACCAGUAACAUUUCCACCUACGUUAACCAUGGUACGGCUGCGUCGUCUGCUCCAGCUUCCAAGCAAAUGAGGUCUUCCUCUUGGCCAGACCUUGGGAAAAGGAUGUGGAUGAUGAGUACGCCUGGCUCGAGUUUUGAGCCGCAGCGGCUGCCAGCCAGAUGUGGCCAGAUGUGGAGAAACUGUCCAUCGCCAAAACCACUUGUGCUCCUCUUAUACCUUCUUUUGGCGGGUGUCAUUGUUCUGAACGUGCCUGGAGUGUUUAUGACAAACCAUGCUUGAUUUAGUCAGGCCCUUUCUGGGUCACCUCCUUCACUGAGCGUGUUAACUCUGGGUUUACUAAUCCAGCUCCAUCAGAACCAUGAGUGGAGCGUUUGAUAUGACAGGAAAUGAAAAAACAAUCAUCACAAGGAAAUGAAGUUACUACAGCAGCAACAAGAGUGAGGUUAUAAAAUGAGUGAAAAACGUCCGUCACAAUUCCUACAAGAGCUGCAGUUAUAUUCUCCGUUCAUCAAAAUAACAUGCACUGUAAAGGUGCUAUAACUUGUAAUACCACUUUGUGACAGUGAGCCACUGUAGCGUCCAGUCUGCCUUCAAUCCAAGAUGAGAGGAUGAAGUAGAGCUGCUCAGAGGAUGUAUUAUAGCCUCUUGUAAACGCAACAAAAGUUGAGGGUCAUGUCCAAAACCAAAAAAAGACAAAAAAGAAGACUGUUGCAUGAGGCAAAACACAGCGAAUCCUUUCAAUUUAGAGGCUACAACAAGCUCCUUGGUUUUGUUGUUGGGAGACAGAGGUGCCUGACAGGAGACGGACUCCUCUUCAAGCAUCAUAAGGAGAGCUGAAACCACAGAUGAGAACAAUGUCCGAUGAGACUGAACAGAGAAUGUGCGACGAGGACUUCGGUUCGGACGAGGAGGGCGAGGAGGGAGACGUGGAGUCUUACCUGGAGGACAACAGCAGCGAGCUCAUGGACCGACUCAGAGAGCUGGAGGCGGAGAACUCUGCUCUGAUGUUGGCUAAUGAGAGUCAGAGAGAGGCUUAUGAGAGAUGUUUGGAUGAGGUGGCCAAUCAUGUGGUCCAGGCUCUGCUGAAUCAGAAGGAUCUGAGGGAGGAGUGCAUCAAGCUGAAGAUGUUGGUUUUUGACCUGGAGCGACAGAACCGAGCGCUUUGUGAGCUUUUUCAGCAGAAACUGCCCAACCACCCCACCGCUCACUACCAGGUCCACGCAGGACCCCUCCCAGACUACAAUGCACAGCUGCACAAUGACUCCACCAAACAGGUGGAGCCUGCACAGACUGAAGCACAAGCCAAGGGAAAUGGCUACCGCACACAACAUGCCUCCCCGGGUCCUCGUGGCCCAGCCACCUCCAUGGAGGCCCUGUCUCCCUUCUUCAAGAAAAAAGCACACAUCCUGGAGGUCCUGCGCAAGAUGGAGGAGACGGACCCUCUGAAGUUCCACCCGUCCACGGCGAGCUUGUCUUUCUGCGACUACAGCCAGGUGCUCAUGUCCACGGAGGCCGUCCUGGCCACCGCGGACCCUCUUCCGCUACAGUGCAAAUCCCACCACACGCACUGCCACUGCUCCCGCUCCGACACGGACACGCACCAGCACGUCAACGGCGACGGGGCGGUGAAGUGCGAGGGCGGGAACGCCUGCUGUUUACACUGCAAGAGGAGCCCGGACAGUCCUCCAAAGCCAUGCAACCACGUCUGUAGUCCCUCGAAAGCCACGUCCGCCACCCAGAGCCAUGUAGUUCCCGCAGCUGCUACGAGCGAAUGUCACAGUAAGAGCAGAACGGCGGAGUCUGUUCCCCUGUCUAAACAAUGCACCAAGAAUGAAGCCCACCAGCAACCAGCAGGAGGCGCUGCCGCUGCAGCGGAGGCGGCCGAUCAGAGCCUGGAGGCGAUGGGAGCGGAGCAGGAGCAGGAUAAUUCAGAGAGCUGCCUGAACGCCAGCGCCUCUGAGGAGCUCACCGGUUUCUGUCCCACCUCCCACCUGCCCAUUUCCACGAAGGAGAUCUCCCACUGUGACAUGGAAACAAGCGACGGCGUCCACAACGGUUUGGCGACUGACCCCUCGUCCGCCCCCUCCGAGAAAGACGCCACAGAUCAGGAGGCCUCCUCCGUGAGAGCCGGCGCCUCCGUCAGCCCCAGCCCCUCCUGCCUCAGCGAUGUCAAAUCCGCCGCCAUCAACUCCCCGUCCAAACUGCUCAAGUUUUUAAAGAUCCCCUCGAUCGGGGAGAAGUCUCAGCCUUCGACUUCUGCCGUCCGUCUGAGCCCGCAGCUCACCCGCAACUCCCGCAUCCCCUGUCGCACCAACAACUACGAGGUGUACCACUCGCCCGUUCCCACCCGCAGAGCCACCACCACAGAGAGGUGCAGGCAGCCCCCUCCGCCGCCCUCCAGGUCGGAGUCCUACCCUGCCACCCACUCUGCGCCGACUUCCCCUCCGCAGCCCGAAGACGUCUGCUCUCCGCCCGUGAAGGAAAUAAGCUACAGCAGCCUCUCUGCACCUAAAGCCAGCGUCAGCUCCAAGAUGGGCGCUUCCUCCUCCUCCGCAUCCUCUUCCUCGCCCAAAGUUUCCCAGAGGGUCCCUCAUUAUGAGAAUGUCUGCGAUAUGUCUACCAACUCCAGAGAGGAGGAACCGAUGCCGGGCCUGGAGAAAAGAACCACUCUUCCAUCUCAAACAAAAGUGAAUGGCGGCGAGAGGAAGCUUGUUAAAUCGCUGCCAGAGAGCGUCCUGAAUCCUCCUCCUCAGCGGAAGCAGUCGUCCUCCUCCACGUCCGAGUCCACGUCAGAUGACGAGGAGGAUUCAGACAGCCCGGUGUGGGUGAACCACCACAGCCUGCCCAACUCAUCUGCCCUCAGUAAAGCUCAGGGCCGAGCUAGCUACUCACGCACCAGAGAGAAACAGGAGGCCGACGCGAGGGAGGUCACUGUGCAGAGCUCGGAGGUUGCCCAGCCGCCGCCGCCUCCGACAAGGAGGAGCGACUCCUCAUCCAUCCCUAAGAGGCCGGUGCCUGGGGCAGCGAGAACCCAGGCUGACUCCAGUCACCAUGCCUUCAAAGACAGACUGGCUGCUCUUGGGAAGCUGAGGAGCUCUGAGGAUCUACAGGUCGGUCUCAGGCCGGUCGAUGCCGCGAACGACGGCACCUACGGGGAAGAGAGGAGUAAGACGGUGGAGAGGCCGGUGGAGCUCCAUAAAGAGGAGCAGAGACAUUCGAAGUACACAGACUCUCUGGAUGGUAAACCUAAAAGUAGCAGCGGUGGUUUGAAGUAUCCGGCGUCAUCUCAGCUGUACGAACAGGCGAUGAAGUCUCAGUCGUCUGGUCCAGCGGUGGUGAAACAAGAACUGUGUGUGAUGAAGACAGAAGGCUCCAAGAGUAAAAUAGGUCUGCCAUCCCCGAACGCAGAUGCUCCGCAGGUACUACGCAACAACAUCAAGUGUCCUGGCUCCUUGAAUCUGGCCUAUAACGUCAAAUCUGGUCCCCACAGUAGCAACAGCCCGAACAAAAUCCCCCCGAAGUCGCCGUCCAAGCCUUGCCAGGGUCCAUCCGUCCACAGAGGGGGGAAGCCCACAGAGGCUCCGCGUUACUCGUCCAAAUCAGAAGAGAGGACCAAGAUCAGCGGGAAAGGGAAGAAGAAUCCGAUGUACGGAGACAGCCUCCCGCCGCCGCCUCCGAGACCCCCGAUGUCUGAGGGGGAGAAGCCCAUGCAGCCGGCGCCCAGCCCGCAGUCGGCCAUCGAGCAGAAGGUGAUGAAGGGCAUCGAGGAGAAUGUGCUGAAGCUCCAGGAGCAGGACAGAGGAGGGCAGGGCAGCGAGGUGAAGCAGAAAGCCUCCAACGGCAUCGCCAGCUGGUUCGGCCUGAAGAAGAGCAAGCUGCCCGCGCUGAGCCGCAAGACCGAUGCCGCAAAGGCGAAAGACGAGAAGAAGGAGUGGAAGAUCAACAUCCCCUCGGUGGGCAGGGACUCCGUGAAGAUGGCCACCAGGUGUAAAGAAGGCGUGGAGGGUCUGAACAUCUCCACCCUGAUGGAGAAGGCGGAGGGCCUGAGGAGGGCCCUGGAGGAGGAGAGGGCGUACGUAGAGAGGUCGGGCAGGGGUCACUCCUGUGAGGUGGUGAUGGACCAAGCUCAGGGACAGCUGGCUGUCAUGUACAGGGGAGCGCGCUCUGACAACUUCAUGCAACAGCUGCUAAACAGGGUGGAUGGGAAGGACAUGAUCAGCGUGCCCCAGCGCCGGCUCUCGUUCGACUGUAAGACGUCCAAACCGGUGUUCGCCCAGCAGAGCGACGUCAUCAGUCACACCGGCAGUCGUGACGAUAUGGAGAAGGGAUCAGAUAGAAUCGGCAAGAUCACGUCAGAUGAAAACCUCGCAGAUUCAGUUCACUCCCAGCACUUCGCAGGUUCUGGUGCUUCCACGUACACCCUGGACAGCGGCAUCGGCACGUUCCCGCUGCCAGACUGCAGCAGUGGGGCGGCGGGUCGGGGCCUGUCGAAGACGAGGGCCGGGGCCGAGCACCACUCCUCGGGCUCCUCGCCGGGGAGGGCGGGGCGACGGGCCCGCACCCUGGACCGAGAGCUGACGUCGCAGGAGGAGUGCUACGUGCCGCACAAGCAGCUGAUUCCCACCAUCCAGUACGGAUCCAUGCUGGAGGGCAGGAGCUCGGCCGGCGUCAUCCGCGAAGACAAAGAGGCGCACGGAGCGAACAUGUUUUCUCCUCGCUCUAAGACCUGGACCUUCCCCAACCUGAAGACUCCAGCCGGACCUGCAGAGGUUUACCUGGCGGUGGAGGAGGAGGAGGAGGAGGCGGUGUCCUUUGGCUCACCGUUCAGAGGGAGCACGAAGGCCGGCGGUCCCUCCUCCAGCCGGGUGGUUGACCCGGGCAGCUUGCCGGUCCCCGCCCAGUCCGGGAUGAGCCGCAGGGGGAAGACCCGCACUCCCAGCGUCCCUGAGAUGAGCCGGGAGGCAGGACUGGAGCUGCUCAGGGAGCGGCCGGAGGAAGCCCUCUCCCCGAGUCGCCCUCAGGUCCUGGAGACGCCCGAGUCUCUGAGCGACUCUCUGUACGACAGUCUGUCGUCCUGUCGGCAGCCAAGGAUGAUCCUGCCAAGGACCGGAGGAGGGAGGAGGAGGUGGGGGAGGAGAGGGAGGAGGAGGAGGAGGACACACAUGCUCAUCUAGUCCACAGACAGUAAGACCCAGCACCGUCUCCUGGUUGCUGGUCGUACUGUGAUGCUGCUGACCCCGCCGCCUGCCGCCAUCUUUGAGGGAGAAAAAAGAAAAGAAGAAGAAACUGUUCCCUGGUGAUGAUCUGGUGGUGUCUCAUCAGCCGUUUCUAUGUCGCAACUGGAAAAGAUGGAUCGAUAAGACUUCUCCUCAGGAUUUCCAAUAAACGUGAAGCCAAAAGCCACCCCCCAAAUAACAUAGGUUGUUCACUUUUUUCACAAUCAGACUUUGACUGUGGACACUUCUCUUUGAUUCAUGUAUACAGGACUACAAGACGCAUGGCCAAGCUAACGGUUAGCACAAAAACGUUAACAUCACCCCCGGUAGUUGUUUCAGCAACCUGUCAUUUUGUUUCUCUUUUCAUCCUGGUUGACGGAUUAUUUGUUGUACAUCGUGGAAGCGGUGAAGCGCUGACCCAGAUCGAUGACUGUACUGUAUCAAUACAUCCGUUCUGUUCUAGACAUCAUUUCAUCACAUAAUGUAUUGGGAGGGAGGAGGGGUAACAAAAAACAAAACAUGAAGCUCCUAAAAAAAAAUGAAUGUUCAUGUCUGUGAUUCUUAAUUGCUAAACUCAUGCAUCACGAUUUUAAAUGUAUAAACGAUUUUAUUGAUCAUGUUGAUAUUGGUUUGCAACCAACGAAGGUUGUCAGAAUAUGUCUGUUUUAAAUCAUAAUACAUUUAAAGGUAAUAUAUACCAGCAAUAAUAACAUAGAUAAGAGAAAUGGCUACACUAUUCAAUGAAUAUGUAUUUCUAUUAUUUAUUUAUUUUAAAUGUACAUCAUUUGCAGUCAUCUUUUUUUUGGUAAUCUUUCUGUGAAAAUUGCAGUCUCCUCGCUUAGUAGAUUAUGUUCAUAUCUUGUAUUUCAACAUCUCUGUUGCUGUUUGUUCCCUAGCCAAUAGAGGUCCUAUGUACCUACUGCCGUUUUUUCAACUUUCUAAUUAAAAAUGUUUUGAUUUA